CACAUGUAUAGAUCUACAAAACGUGGUUAAUGUGUGACAUCCUCGUUUUGCAAUACCUCUUUGCAUUUUCCUGUUGACGACAUACAAAAACACAAAAAGACCAUGCCUAAGGAAAGAGUCGCAAAGAAAUCUAGGGUGCAUCAAGAGGUCCAGAAGCAAGGUAUCAACUUUAACAAAGAUUUUGGACAGCAUAUCUUGAAAAACCCACUGAUUGUGAACAGUAUGGUUGAAAAGUCAGCACUCCGACCAACGGAUGUGGCAUUGGAAGUUGGUCCUGGAACAGGAAAUAUGACGAUGAAAUUACUGGAAAAAACAAAAAAGGUUAUAGCCUGUGAAAUAGAUCCUAGGAUGGCAGCUGAGCUACAAAAGAGGGUCCAAAGCACGCCGGUACAGAAUAAACUACACCUGAUUGUAGGAGAUGUGCUGAAGACUGAAUUACCAUUCUUUGAUAUCUGUGUUGCAAAUUUGCCCUACCAGAUUUCUUCGCCAUUUGUGUUCAAACUUUUGCUACAUCGCCCUUUUUUCAGGUGUGCUGUGGUGAUGUUCCAAAGAGAAUUUGCUCAGAGACUUGUGGCUAAGCCAGGGGACAAACUCUACUGUCGUCUGUCUGUCAACACACAGCUCCUGGCCAGAGUUGAUCACCUGAUGAAGGUUGGCAAGAACAACUUCAGACCACCACCAAAAGUAGAGUCAAGUGUUGUCAGGAUUGAGCCCAGAAACCCUCCACCUCCCAUUAACUUUCAGGAGUGGGACGGAUUAGUGAGAAUAUGCUUUUCUCGGAAAAACAAAACUAUUGGAGCUGCCUUCAAGUUUAAAACAGUCCUGGAACUGCUGGAGAAGAACUACAGAACCCACUGUUCUUUACAUUCAAUUCCCGUACCAGCAGAUCUUGAUGUAAAGUCCAAGAUAAAUGAUCUUCUAACGGAAAAGGAGUUUGAAAAGAGACGUGCUCGAACCAUGGACACUGACGAUUUUCUUGGAUUGUUAAACUGUUUUAACACAGCUGGAUUCCACUUUUCUUAACACACCUACCAACAAGUGCUGAGUACUUGAUAACCAAAUGAACAUUUAGUGUUCGGAGGAACCUACAACAAUUCUGCCAAAGGUGUGGACAGGGCAGUAGUAAAUAUCUAGUUCUGCUGUGAGUGGCUGCUGGAUUUUAAUACCGGCGUACACACUUGGACAUUAAUGCUCACACUGAUGCUGGUACAACAUAAGCAUCUUGAAUUUCCUCUGCAACGCUGGCUUCACAUUUCUGAGUUGAAAAACAUUGUUUUCAGGAAUGUUAAAAAACGUCUGGAAAUCUUCUUUUUUUAAGACAGAAAAUGGGGAAUAUUUCAGAAAAAGUUAAUUAUUACUUCCCUGCAAAUAACAUCAGGUGAAUAGUAGUCGUUGUAUAAAUUAGUUUAAAGGUGGAGAAGAAUUGUACGGUUUCCUCUGAGGAACAGUAUUAAAAUAGGAAAUUUCUCAACCAUAUUUUUACUCUUGAAUGAGAGUGCAAAUUUUUACACAUCAGGAAUAUCAAUUAUUGUGUAGUAUACAAUUUUGAAAGCAAUGGCAGUGCAAAUUUAAUAUUUGGCAAUUCGUUUAAUUGACUAGAGGAUGAAAAUUGGUCUUCAAUGAUAUUGCAGUUUACAGCAGUCAGAUUUCCAUUUGACAUUCUACAGUAUUUGUAUGUGCCCUCGUAAUACUUGAGGUGUAUUGCCCUCAGAUAAGAUAUACCUGGUAUAGACCAGACAUGCUGUACACCUGAUGUGUUAUAUUGCCCUUUGAUAAGAUAUCCCUGGUAUAGACAAGAUAUACUAUACACCUGAUGUGUUAUUGCCCUCAGAUAAGAUAUCCCUGGUAUAGACCAGAUAUACUGUACCCCUGAUGUGUUAUAUUGCCCUCAGAUAAGAUAUACCAGGUAAAGACCAGUUAUACUGUACACUUGAUGUGUUAUAUUGCCCUCAGAUAAGAUAUACCUGGUAAAGACCAUAUAUACUAUACACCUGAUGUGUUAUAUUGCCCUCAGAUAAGAUAUACCUGGUAAAGACCAUAUAUACUGUACACCUGAUGUGUUAUAUUGCCCUCAGAUAAAAUAUACCUGGUACAGUGUAUAGACCAUAUAUACUAUACACCUGAUGUGUUAUAUUGCCCUCAGAUAAGGUAUACCUGGUAGUGUAUAGACCAUAUAUACUAUACACCUGAUGUGUUAUAUUGCCCUCAGAUAAGGUAUACCUGGUAGUGUAUAGACCAUAUAUACUAUACACUUGAUGUGUUAUAUUGCCCUCAGAUGAAAUAUACCUGGUAUAGACCAUAUAUACUAUACACCUCAGAUAAGGUAUACCACUGUCAGAAUCUACUUAUCUUCACAUACAGCAAGGGAAUCAAUUGCUAUAUGCUUUAUUGAUUACUUGAGCCUUUUCAUGUAAUAAACUGUAAGUGCCAAAAAAGAAUUGGUUGUGUACAUAAUGGUGGUGAACUUAUUACUUCCCUUUAGCUGUAAUCAGUCUUAAUUUCACAAAUGUUCGACAUAAAUAAGGAUUCCCCUAUGGAUUAAUGUGGCAAUAAGCCCAUGCUUGGUAAUAAAAUGACCAGUAUAUAUUACAGUUAGAAAUGCCAACAAGAGCUUUUCAGUGUCCUGUAAUAAGCCCAUCCCCUACUUUCAGUCAGAGAUUAUGUGUUGGUUUCCCCUGGCUUAUUGCAGUAUAAAUACGAAAACUCCAUUAAACUUUCGCUUAGAAAACUUUUAAGUAAUUUUCGUAUGUUAUGUAAUGAUUGUGACACUAUAUAUGUUCAUGUAUGUUAUAAUAAAUGAAAGAAAACAAGACUAUUUAUAAAGUAAAAUGAGUGAAUUUGAAGACAAAAUAGAACAACAAAUAAUCAUCAUAUGAAAUAUUAAACCUUAUAUUUGUCAGAGGCAUUAUUCACAUUAAACAUAACAAAUUUGUCUUAUAAGCUAUGUUAUUGAAAUUUUCUAUGUGGAUUUUAGAAGUGUCUUCUCUGUGAUAGAUUGAAUGACAUGACCUUUUGAUAGCAAUUAUGAGUUGAUGAGAAUGUGUGUGAAAGUUAUGGAAUGAUUGUGAUAAACUUUUGUUUUGUUAAUGAAUAGAAGGGAUAUAUAUGUGUUACUGUACUACUGAAUAAAUGUUGAUUAAAACUGUUGGUGCUGUUCUGUUAACUUUAGUGCUGUAAUACAUUAACCAUUCAAUGAAUCUGUUGAUUUAGAUUUUCACCACACUUGCAAUAAAAUGCUUCUCUCAAACUUGGGGGUGAAAGUGUUAUCAGUAUAUAGAGUGGUUACCAUGGCCUGGAUCCAGGUUUGUCGAAACAUUAAUUGAUGUGCAAAUUUUCCAAAGAGAAUACAUAACUUUUA